GUGGCAAUCACGCGCUGAUUCUUCUCUACCAACCACAAAGACAUUGGUACCCUUUAUCUAGUAUUUGGUGCCUGAGCCGGAAUAGUAGGAACCGCUUUAAGCCUCCUCAUCCGAGCUGAACUUAGUCAACCCGGAUCACUUCUAGGUGAUGACCAAAUUUACAAUGUAAUUGUUACCGCCCACGCCUUCGUAAUAAUUUUCUUUAUAGUAAUGCCUAUCCUCAUUGGAGGAUUCGGAAACUGACUUGUGCCCCUGAUAAUCGGAGCCCCAGACAUGGCAUUCCCACGAAUAAAUAAUAUAAGCUUCUGACUUCUUCCCCCAUCAUUCCUGUUACUACUAGCUUCCUCUGGUGUUGAAGCCGGAGCUGGCACCGGAUGGACAGUAUACCCCCCUCUUGCAGGAAACCUAGCCCACGCAGGAGCAUCAGUAGACCUAACAAUUUUCUCACUACAUUUAGCAGGUGUUUCAUCAAUCCUGGGGGCAAUCAACUUCAUUACUACAACCAUUAACAUAAAACCUCCAGCCAUUUCCCAAUACCAAACACCCCUAUUUGUUUGAUCCGUACUUGUAACCGCCGUCCUCCUUCUCCUAUCACUACCUGUUCUAGCUGCCGGUAUUACAAUGCUUUUAACAGAUCGAAAUCUUAACACCACAUUCUUUGACCCCGCAGGCGGGGGAGACCCAAUUCUCUAUCAACACUUAUUCUGAUUCUUUGGUCACCCAGAAGUUUAUAUUUUAAUCCUUCCAGGAUUUGGAAUUAUUUCUCACGUUGUAGCCUAUUAUUCAGGUAAAAAAGAACCAUUUGGUUAUAUAGGAAUAGUAUGAGCCAUAAUGGCCAUUGGCCUCCUAGGGUUCAUUGUAUGAGCCCACCAUAUGUUUACCGUCGGAAUGGACGUAGACACCCGUGCAUAUUUUACAUCCGCAACAAUAAUCAUCGCAAUUCCAACGGGUGUAAAAGUAUUUAGCUGACUGGCUACACUUCACGGAGGAUCAAUUAAAUGAGAAACACCAAUACUAUGAGCCCUAGGGUUUAUUUUCCUGUUUACAGUGGGAGGACUUACAGGAAUUGUCCUCUCUAAUUCAUCACUUGAUAUUGUUCUCCACGACACCUAUUAUGUAGUAGCACAUUUCCACUAUGUACUAUCAAUGGGUGCCGUAUUCGCAAUUAUGGCAGCCUUUGUACACUGAUUCCCUCUACUAACAGGGUACACUCUACAUAGCGCUUGGACAAAAAUCCACUUUGGGGUUAUAUUUAUUGGAGUUAACCUCACAUUCUUCCCACAACACUUCCUAGGUCUAGCAGGAAUACCACGACGGUAUUCUGAUUACCCAGACGCUUAUGCCCUAUGAAAUACAGUAUCAUCUAUCGGAUCCCUAAUCUCCUUAGUAGCGGUAAUUAUGUUCCUAUUUAUUCUAUGAGAAGCCUUCGCCGCUAAACGAGAAGUGUUAUCUGUAGAACUAACAAUAACAAAUGUGGAAUGACUCCAUGGCUGCCCCCCUCCUUACCACACAUACGAGGAACCAGCAUUUGUUCAAAUUCAAUCAAAUUAA